GCCUGACCUUGGAGACGCUGCUGCUCGGCUGCGCGCCCCGGGGCUGCUGCGGGCCACCCCGUCGGCUCCAUCGCCCCUGAACUCGAGAGGCCAACGCCGCUGCUUGGAGAUUGCUGGGCACCCCCUCCCCCAACCAGGACAUUUCCGACUCCGUGAGGCCCCCUAGGGCAGCAGUUCAAGACUCCCCAGACCUAGGAGCGCUUGGGACACCUUUCAUCUUUCUUGAAUGGAGCAUCGCCUACCCAGUGCUGGGGCACCUUGAGGCGUGGCCUUGAGAAUCUGAUUGGUGCAGGAAAGGAGCUCGGGAUUUGGGGACCCACUGAGCACCCGAGCCAUGUUCCUGCGGCGACUAGGUGGCUGGCUACCUCGGCCCUGGGGCCGUCGAAAAGCAGCAAAACCUGACCUGUCCACCCCCGACUCCAGAGGGAUGGACAGCUCCCCAGAGAAUUCUGGGAGUGACUGGGACAGUGCCCCCGAAACCAUGGGCGAUGUGGGGCCGCCCAAGGGCAAGGACACGGGGGCACAGAAGAGCUCUAGGACUGCCCCCGAACCAAGCAGGGGUCCUCCACUUGCUCAGCUGCGGAGCAGAAGAACGGGCCCCCUCAAGCUGGACAAGGCUGCCCCUGGCACUGAAGAACCUAGGAGACUGGAGGCUGGAGCGGCUGUGGCCAAACCGGGACAGGACUCUGUCUACUCAGGCGGAGCCCAGAGACCCGGGGUGCCUCCAGAAGGGGAACUGAGCCCCUCUGAGCCUGAAGCUCCAGUGGAGAAGCCAAGCCACCGUCAGAAGUUGCUGGGCUGGCUUCGGCGGGGAUCAGGUGGUGGCGUGGGCCCCCCGCCACCCUACCUGGGGACCCCAGAGGAGCGCCUGCAGAUCUCCACCAACCUAACCUUGCACUUGCUGGAGUUGCUGGCCUCGGCCCUGCUGGGGCUGUGCUCCAGGCCCCUUCGGGUAGCCUUGGACGCAUUGGGCCUGCGAGGACCGCUGGGUCUCUGGCUGCACGGGCUGCUGUCCUUCCUGGUGGCCCUGCACGGGCUGCACGCUGUGCUGAGCCUCCUGACUGCCCACCCCUUGCACUUUGCCUGCCUCUUUGGCCUCUUGCAGGCCCUAGUGCUGGCUGUUAGCCUUCGGGAGCCCAGUGGAGAAGAGGAGGCCACUGACUGGGAGGGUGAGAGGUUGGGCAAAGAGGGCGAAGAGCCGAGAGAAGACCUGGGCAUGGGCAGGGGACUGUGACUGUGGGGAGGGGUGUGACACAGGGCCCCAUCCCCAGUGGCAUGGGGUCAAGUGAAGAGAGUGUGGCCUUCAGAAGGUGGGGGAGGCCAUGACCCAGAUUGGAAGCAUAGGGACCUCAGGGAUGUGGAUGGAGACCCAGGGCAUGAGGGUGCAGGGUCCCUUUCACACACAGCAGCGCACAGGACUGCUUUGGGAUGUCUGUGCGUGGAGGGUGCCCUUGAAUUCACCAGCUGUAGUCACUUUGGCUUUUACAUUUCUAAUCAUUCUCCUUAAAAAGGGGGGCGGGGGGUCGUGGUGGUGGCAGAUACAAAAGAGGUUUUUCUACUUUUCUUAACUCCCCAAAGGUGGAGAAGAUUAGAGAGGGCUCUGAGUAAGGGUCAGGUGGGGUUACCCACGGAUGUCCGGCCCCUGGGUUCUCAGCCCUCCUGGAAGAGUGGGCUGCUAGACAGGUGGGUUGGAAGGUCUGAAUGGGGUCCCAUAGGAGACAAGGAGCAGGCAGGAAGAUCCGGGUGGUCUUAGAGGGAGUGGGGCUGGUGUAGCUGGUCAGACGGGCAGUGUGGGGGAAGCCCUGGAACUUGCAGCCCCACACGGUUUGGGGUUAGGGGUUUUCUCACUAAGCAAUACUGUGUCACGCCUAAUCCUAAAUAUACCACUACAACGUGA